AGCGACCACGCUGACUGGGCACAUACGUAAACUGACCCUCAACGUCCGAUCGAUGACGCCUCGCCCCAGCAACCGUUGGUUUGGUACGACUGGUCUGCGAGAUCUCUUUCUGUUCGUUUGUGGCAACUUUAAUAGACAAGCCACUAUUUGAAAGCACACUUUUAUGUGAAAGGGCAGACCUUUCAGUAGGAACCAGAGCCAUGUCAGCCCUGAAGCCCAGCCUCCAGCAGGCCGGAGAACCAGAUCUGGGGCACAUCCAGGCCAUGCUGAACCACCAUGAACUGUUCAGAGGAGAAUGCAAGAGGCUGAUCGUGGAAACGGACCAAGUGUGUGCACGCAUGCAUGAUGACAACGUGAAGCACCUGGAUCAACGGGUCAGAGAAAUCCAGUUCCUCCGAAAAGAGCUGGAGUUGAAGCUGGAGGAGUUGGUUGUGGAGAUCGAUGCUCUGCUCAACAUAAAGAGUAGAGUGAUGAAGGCCCUGGACGCCUGCAAAGAGCCUCUGAGGGUCGCCAGCCUCUGUCUGGAGGAGAGACGGAAGCGAGGUCCUUCUGCGAGGCUGCAUGACGACGUGAAUGCUGAGCUGAGGAAGGAGAAGCUGGUUCUGGAGGAAGUGACGGUUCUUCUGGAAAACGUGGAGAAGCAGAUUACUGAGCAGAUCCGACUAAACCGAUCUGCUAAGUACCGUUUAGAGAAGGACCUCACUGAGAAGUCUACAGCUGAGAACAUCGAUGCCUCCUGCCUUUUAAUGAAUGUCCGCUCCAUCAGCCUGCCCGGUGGCAGCAACGCUGUCCCGCCAAGCCUCCCAGUAGCUCAGACGCAGUGGGAGAACAUCUCAAACCUUAACUUGGAUAAGGCGGAGCAGCAGAGGCGCAGCUCCGAGUCCCUGAGGGUCUUGGUGGAGACUGUGCUGCAGCAGACCACAGCUGACAUACAGAAGCAGGUCCAGGCUACAACUACAGCCUUUCAGCUCAACAUCCAGCAGGUCAAAUCCCACAAGCUCCAGAUAGAGGAGAAACUGCUCAAGGUUGUUGCUGAGAUCAACAGCCAGCAGAAGAUCAGAGAGGAUCUCCAAGUGUCCAUCACAAAGAAGCAAGAGCUCCUGAGCUUGGCCCAGGCCCGGCUGGCUUUACGUCGUCAGAGACCCGGUAAAGAGCAGUGCCAUGAUCCAGCCCAGGUCCAGAUCUCCGCUCAUGUCCAGCAGCUGACUGUCAGCAUCAACAAGCUGCACGAGGACGUGGCCCGGUCUGAGCAUGAACAGAGGGCGCUGGUUCGCUGUCAGGUCUCCCUGCAGGAAGCCGUCAACACCAAAGCCAACUGUCUUUACAUUGAUGAGGUGGUCUGCAAGCAGCUCAGGGAGCCUUUCCCAUACAUGGUGUGAACAGUCAGCAGAUGUGUGUGUGUGUGUGUGUGUGUGUGUUAAAGCGCUCUUAUUAAAAUGUACUUUCAACUGUUGGA